CGGUAGCCAUGGCAGCGUCGUCACGGAUGUCACAGCUAGUGUAAUAAUGGAGGAACGUUGCUGUACCGUGGCCACAUACAAUAAAAUACCGUACAAAUAAGUGUUAUGAUACGCGUUUGCUUUAUCAUAGAAGCAGAUAUUCAUUCGCCGAGCAUUCGUUAUUUGUAAAUAUAAUAAAUAACCUUUAUGAAAAACAUUCGUUAGCUCAAAGCUAACUGUGACGUCUGAGACCAAACGUUUUGUAGAGAUGAACGUAGAUCUUUUUUUCCGAGAUAUUAAAGUGUGAGGAAUUUUAAACAUGUUUACGGACGAAACUCUUGAUUUAAUUGGUGCUGAAUCGACAUGGAGAAAGCCACAUCAGCAAACACAAGAAUCAAGAAGCUGUCAAACUGUUAAAGUUCACACAGCAGAGGCUGAAACACAAGCCAAAGAUGUGUUAGACAACAGCACCCAGACGCAAGAGCAGACCAGUCAAACACUCUCCCUGGAUCAAGACAUAUCACACUUGCCUGGUUUGCUGGACUUUUUGCUUCGAGUUGAAGAUGUAGUUACCAAAGAACUGGUGAAAAACUCCAAAAGUCAUGCUUUUGAUGGGUUUGAAGUGAACUGGGAGGAUCAGAAUGAGUCGGUGUCCUGUAUGUACCGUCUUCAGCAUGCUGACGCUCAGGAAAGGGGUCUGCAAGUCACCAGCGUGUCCUGGAGCUGCACUGGCUCUGUCAUAGGCUGUGGAUUUGGCCGUGUGGAUGACGGUGACUGGAGCACUGAGAAGGCUUAUGUGUGCAUGUGGAACUUGGACCGACAGAACCUGAACCCAAAACGUCCGGAUGUGAUCAUAGACGUGGCCACUCCAGUCAUGUGUUUGUGCUUCCAUCCUCUCAAACCGUCUGUAGUGGCUGGGGGGCUGUACAGUGGUGAGGUGCUGGUCUGGGACACCAGCCGCUCACAGGACCUCAUCCUGGCUCAGACGGGAAUGUCCGCAGAUACUCACCGUGAACCUGUUUAUCAGGUCACCUGGGUCCCAGGGUCUUCCAGAGGGGAGUUCACUGUACUGAGCGCCGGGUCAGGAGGAAGGGUUCUGCUGUGGACUGUUGACGGAGCUGAAGCCAAACUUAUCUUGAGUUCUGGAUAUGCUCUUGUUCAACAGCAAGUGCCUCAGAGUGGAGCAGCAAGCAAAACCCGAGGUAGCACCAAUAUAGGAGUAACUUCAGUGGCACUUUCCCCGUGGGACCUGGACACGUUCUUGGUGGGCUCAGAGGGAGGCCUUGUGCUCAAAUGCUCUUUCAGCAGCGAGACAGUGGCAGCAGUGCCCCCUGAUGGUGAGACUGUGACACUGCGGGCCCCCGUGCAAUUUUCUUUUUCACCGCGAGGGGGCCCUGUACACUCAGUCCACUUCUCACCAUUUCAUAGGAAUCUGUUUGUAAGUGUCGGAACAGAUGGUUUGGCUCAUCUGCACACUGUGCUCCAACCCCGUCCCCUGAUGUCUCUACGGGUGUCCGAUUUGUACGCGUUUGGGGUCAGGUGGUCACCCACACGCCCUCUGGUCUUUGCUGCAGCCACAGGACAGGGACUGGUUCAAAUGUUCGAUUUGGGCCGAAGGUCUUUAAGGCCAGUUGCCACAAUUGACCAGAACACAAGCGGUCAGCCAGCGUAUUGCCUGGAGUUCAACCCCAAACACACAAAUCUGAUGGCAGUGGGUAAUGCAGAUGGUAGCGUGAACAUCUGGCAGCUCAGUGCUGAAUUAACAGAACAAGGUGCCAAGGAGACUGCAAUGCUUGAACAGCUGGCGGAUGAGGUGGCGGACUGAGUUCGUUUUAACUUUGUCAUUACAAACUGUCCUUCUCAAAUGUUCUCAGAGAGUUAUACAUUGAUUGUGUAUAUAAAUGCAUUAAUAAAAUACUGACAACUCCUUCCAGUUAUAA